UGACCGUGAAAGAAGAAAGGGCGCCGAGAGAGAGAGAGAGAGAGAGAGCCAUGGUCUCUGGGGUUCCAUCCAGUAGGAUCUGCACAGCUUGGUUAUGGUUAUGAAUGUUUGAGAAAAAGACGUUUCAGUUAUGGUUUUGCUUGUUUGUGGAAAGAGGGAAUGUUAUUGAUGUGGAGAGGGGAUGUGUGCGUCUGACGAUGAGAAAUUGAUUAUGAUUGGGGGGAGAUUAAUUGAGAGAAAACUGACCUGGUCUGGUCUGGUCUGGUAUGGUCUUUUAUUAAUGAUCCGUCCUUUUCAGCUGAUGGCUUCUGCUGCUCCACCUCCACUCCCAGCCCCAGCCCCAGCCCAGGGAAGAAAAAGGAAAGCAAAGUCUCUGUGUUUUUCAGUGUGUUCCCUUUCUGAUCUAAAUUCUGCCCCCGGAAUUAGAGCGAGCGAGCGAGCAGAGGAGCUGCUUUAUUUUUUAUAGGCAGCUGCCGAUCUUCUAAUAGGCUGCUUGAAGUCGGUAGUGAUGUUGGUCAGUUGGUGUGGGCUGGCAGCAGAGCCGGUGUUGAUCCACAACUCUGCUUGCAAACUAAAAGUGAAGGACAAGGUACGCGUCGCGACAUCAUCUUUUAUUCCGCCGUUCCACGAUGAUCAGGAGGUGGCUGACCUCUGCCU